AUGGCAUCAGGGUGGCCCUCCUUGGUCCUUCUGCUGCUCUUGCUUGCCCUGGUCUGUGCUGGGGGGCCCGGCCCUGUCCUCGUCAAUCGCCCUUUUGUCACCAUCUGGAACAUUCCUUCAGAGCACUGCGCCAUGGAGUACAAUAUCACCCUCAACCUGGAGGUCUUUGACGUGUUGGCCAAUGACCAGGAGUCCUUCAUGGGCCAGGACAUCACCCUUUUCUAUGUCAAGGAGCUGGGACUCCUCCCCUACUACACAUCUGAGGGGGUGCCAGUGAAUGGAGGGCUCCCCCAAAAUGCCAGCCUGGAGGCCCACCUCAGCCAGGCCACCCAGGAUAUCAAGGUCACCCUCUCCAGCCCUGCCUAUGGUGGACUGGCUGUCAUUGACUGGGAGAAGUGGCGCCCGCUGUGGAUCCGCAACUGGGCCUCUAUGGAUAUCUACCAGCAGAAGUCAGAGGAACUGGUGCGGCAGCGGCACCCCGUGGGCCCCCGACAGCCCCCACAGUGGCCCCCUGAGCUGGUGAAGGAGAUAGCCGAGCAGCAGUUUGAGCAGAGCGCCCGCAACUUCAUGGAGCAGACCUUGCAGCUGGGCGAGACCCUCCGUCCUGAUGGCUACUGGGGUUUCUAUGGCUUCCCUGACUGCUACAACAACGACUUUGACAGCCUGCCCUACACUGGGUUGUGCCCUGUGGUGGAGCAGCAGAGGAACAAGGAGCUGUGGUGGCUCUGGGAGAGCAGCCGGGCACUCUACCCCAGUAUCUACCUACCCUGCUGCCUCAAGAGCACUAACAAGGUGCUCGCUUAUGUCCGGCACCGCGUGGCUGAGGCUUUUGCUGUCCAGCGUGAUGUCCUCAAUGCCAGCAUUCCUGUCCUGCCCUACUCUCAGCUUGUCUUUGACCGCACCGUCGACUUUCUCUCUGAGGAGGACCUGAUAAAUACCAUCGGGGAGAGUGCAGCCCAGGGUGCCGCUGGCAUCGUCCUCUGGGGCAGCUCCAACCACAGCACCUCCAAGGAGAUGUGCCUGAGGUUGAAGAACUACGUGGAGGGGCCCCUGGGCCGCUACAUUGUCAACGUGACGGCCAGCGCUGAUCUGUGCAGCAGGAGCCUGUGCUCCGGUCGGGGACGCUGCGUGCGCCAGGAGAACAAGCAGGGCUUCCUCCACCUCGACCCCUCCCGCUUCACCAUCGACCUGCAAGCUGGCAAGCCCUGGCUCGUGGCCAAUGAUGGCAAUGAUGUCAAUGAUGUCUCCUGGCUGGCUGAGGAGUUCAGCUGCCAGUGCUACGACAGCUGGCAGGGACCCCACUGCGGCACCCAGGGCUUCACCACGUGA